GCGUUGGUUACGUAGAGAGGUAGCCGCCUACUCUGACCUGGAUAUCUGUGGCUGAGAAGGACUCUGCCGACCUCUUUUAAUAUCAUGGAUUUAAGGACGACAAAGCGUCGCGUUUGUGCUCAUCCUCAGCGGACAGGCCUUCGUCUUGAAGGCGGUUAUACGGCAAGUGCGAUGUCCCCCUGGUCUGCUGAGCUGUGACGCGAGGACGGACUUGUUUAGCAGCCUAAUGGACAGUAUCGAUAAGUUAUCAAUUAAAAUCUCGACUGUGUAGCCUCUUUGUGCGAUUUCGGGAUUAUAUCGUUUCUGUUUGCACCGCCUGCCUCUGUGCUGGUUGACUGUAGCAGGAUAUCACCUCUGACUUUGUCGUAACAUCAGCAUUACUGAGGGAAACCAGUGUUUAGGUGUCGAGCGAGGAAGUGAAGCUGAAGUUGAUAAAGAUAAGACCGGAAGUUUGGUGAUUUUGCCUUCAUAACAAAGGCACCUAAUAUAUUCAUUUUGUUUUUGAAAAAAGACUUCUGGGGUUGAACAAAGCAGUUAAACCAACCAACUUUUUUUUUUUUUAAAUUAAUUUCUUUAUUAUUACCAUGGUACACUGUAUUAUCUUUACGCCUCCAAUCGUUUUAUUUUGGAAGCUGCGAGCGGAAGUAGUUUUUGGUCCUGCUGUUUCUGAGUCUGGUAGGAAGGGGGAUGUGGCCAGGAUGUAUUUAUGCUGCUGUUCAAGAUAUGAAAAUCAUUGAAUCGGCGCUGCUUCGGGAGCCCUGCUUCACCACCGGGCACAGCGGGGGUAACGACAGUGCUGCCGUCCGUCAGCGUGGUGGUUGUCGGCGCUCGAAAACAGCCAACACGGCCGAGGCGUCUGUGCUGGUUUCGUCUGGACUGGACCAUUUCCAUGAAGGCUUCUCAACCUCACGCCCAAACAAUUUGUUGAAUUUGUGUGCGGGGCUGUAUUCUGUGCUUAUGUAAUAACAGUAUGUGAAUCGACACAGUCACAUUGAUUUUUUUUUUAUAAUUCGUUUAGUUUUGGACAAAAGGCUUUGCCCUUUUUUUUUUUUUAAUUCUUUUUUAAUUUAAUUUAAUUUUAUUUUAUUUUUUACAAAUGUCAACAACUCAGCAUCAAGUGAUGAUGGAGUCAUCUCUAGCUCUUGGUAGACUGGAACUGACCCCCAGCACAGCCGCUGUUGGGGUCAACCUGACCCCGCGGCUAAGCGGUGGCCCCCCCGCGAAAGAGAAGAGCGGCCAGCGGCCUCUGGGGCCACAAGGCCAGGCUCGUCUGAACGGCUGCGUCCCGCUGUCACAUCAGGUGGCGGGUCACAAGUACGGAGUGGAUAAAGUGGGUAUCUUGCAGCAUCCAGAUGGAACAGUCCUGAAGCAGCUUCAGCCUCCACCGAGAGGUCCACGAGAGAUGCAGUUUUACAGCAUGGUGUAUGCAGAGGAGUGCAGUGAUCCAUGUCUCCUGGAGCUCCAGAACCACCUUCCAAAGUACUACGGGACCUGGUCCUCUCCUGACAGCCCCAUUGACCUGUACCUGAAGCUGGAGGACGUGACCCGCCGCUUCGUCAAGCCGUGCAUCAUGGACGUGAAGCUGGGCCAGCGCAGCUACGAUCCGUUCGCCUCGCAGGAGAAACGGGAGCAGCAGAUCAGAAAGUACCCACUGAUGGAGGAGAUCGGCUUCCUGGUCCUCGGAAUGAGGGUAUAUAAGGUGUGCAGUGACACGUUUGACUCCUACGACCAGCACUAUGGAAGAGGACUGGUUAAGGACACUAUUCAAGAUGGCUUGGCUAAAUUCUUCCAUAAUGGUGUGUGUCUGAGGAAGGAUGCAGUGUCGGCCAGUAUCCACAGGGUGCAGCAAAUCCUCCGCUGGUUUGAAUCUCAGCACCAGCUGGCCUUCUACGCCAGCUCGCUCCUCUUCGUCUACGAGGGUUUCCCCUCCUCUUCCUCCUCCUCCUCCUCUCUUUCUUCCCUCCUCAGUACCCCGUCAAUCAGCCCGACAGCUGUGAAAACUACCACGUUGUCAUCGGCGGGCGACGGCUGUCAGAGGGGGGAGGGAAAAGCAAGACAGGAAGGGGCGGGCCAGGAAGAGGAGGUGGCGGAGUUCAACAACAACAACAUUCAGGUGGUUUUGCCCUGGGACUGCGGCAUGACCACCAUUUACACCAACCACAGGAAACACGGCCACCACCACUGCGCCAAGGGUCAUCUCCAUGGCAACAGUGGAGCCGGUGCAGACGUGGAGACGACGGCGAGCUCGGUUUCCAGAGAUAACAACUCAGUACUGUGUCAAGAAGACAACUCUGCAUGGAAACGAACGGGUGAGUCGCAGCAGCCGCCGAACGGAAACGGAAACAAAUCACAACUGGAAAGGAAGGCUGAGGAGGGAGAGGGGGAGGACGGCGGCAGGAGGAGGAGAGAGGAGGAGCUCCAGGGACAAGGAGAUGACGCCACAGAGGGGGGUGGAACAGACACAGAGGUGGAGGUCAGGAUGAUCGACUUUGCCCACGUUUUCCCAAGCGAGAGCCACGAUCAUGGCUACAUCUACGGCCUCAAACACCUGCUGACGGUGCUGGAGCAGAUCCUCUGUGAAGCUGCCUAGACCUCUAAUUCCUCCCUGCCCCCCCACCCCUGUCCCCCCCGCCCCACCCCCCACCUCCUGACCUGCUCAAAGUGAACCACUGUCUCCUCCCCCUCAACCUUCCUCCUUUUUUUUUUCUCAAAAAGACAGACGCCUUCAGAGGAGAGAGGGAAGAAUCAAAGAAGUGAAUACUGAAGCAUCAUCAUCAUCAUCAUCAUCAACGUCGUCAUCAUCGUCAUCAUCUCACCCGAUUGUGAUGGUCCGUCAGUCAUGUGUGUGUCUGUGUUUGUGCGUGUGUGGAGGUGGUAGAGCUGUGUUCUCCCUGUGAUCAGCAGCACUACAUGCACUAAUCAGUCCAUGAAGGCAUUAGACCCUGAACUUAAACACAACAUCUCCAGCUGCACGACUUACCCAUGCUCAGUCCAGCUGCACGCCACCUCACCGUUUAAAUUGAAUCCUUUUAAAGUUGUAUUUUUCUAUAACAUUUAUAACAGUAACUGUCCUUUUAAUACCUCUGGUUGUAUCAGACUAUUGUGGGGGGUGCUGCAAAUGAAUAUUGGAUUUAUCAGAUUGCCAAAUGCAGACUUUCAAAUCUCGUCUCAACAGUUUCUCAAUUGAAUUUGUUGUAAAUUUACUGUCAUGAUAUGCUGUAUGUCAUUAUGGCAAUAUAAAAUUACUUAUACCGUGAUAGAAGAUUUCAUUUACAACGCCCAAAUAUACCUUUAUAUAGAUUUUGGUAAAACAAUCCCAACUCAAGCUUUUGCAAGAGCCAUCCACCUUAAUGUAACUUUUACUGAGCGGAGGCAAAAGCGCCCUCGCUGGUGCAUGAGACUCUGUUGAGCUCAAAGUCCGAGCGGUUGAGGGCACAGGAUGCAGCGCUGCCCCUAGAAGCUAACAGCGCAUGUACAGAAAACAUCGCUCGGGCAACAAACACGAAAUCGUCGUCUCAGUACAAACCAGGAAUCGCGCUGUCCACUCAUGUCAAGUCAGCAUUUGACUUAUCUGAUGGACCCACAAUCUGAACCCACGGCAGCUGUGUGCUAAAACAUAUAUCCUAGGAGCUAGUCCGCCAUGAUGUCAAGCUGCUUCUUAUAGCUGGCUGAAGACCCAGUGUACCCACUGUAGUGCCGUAAAACACUACAUCUGACACAUUAGCAGCAAGCUAAGGAUUAGAAAUGGAUCUGGCUCUAUAUAUCUGAUAUAAUCCUUUCAAAAACGAAUGGAUCGGACCCACUGCUGAUCCUGUGGAUUGGCUCCCCAUCUUAAAGGAUGAAGUUUGCUCGGUUGUUAUGGAAAUACAGCUGUGAACUGUUAGACGUAGCACAGUUAAACUUCAUUCAGCUACAUCAUUCGAAACAUUUUCUCUUAUCCGCAUCCUGGACAUCCACAGUGGUUAACUGGAUAUGCUUCGUUUAGGGUAACAUACAUAUAUUAAAUUACAAAAUGGGAAGCAGACGUCCCCCGUUACUGUUCUCUGUUGAAACCAGUAAACAGUUGAACAGUUAAAGUAGUGUUCAGAGUGGCGUGUUGAGGUGAGCUGACGCAGAUUCGCUGUCAGCUUGUGAGCAUCGGGUAAAACGAGAACGUCUGGAGAGUGUUGAGGUUUGAGUCAGGUUGUCAUUUUGUGUUUUUGUUUAAACCACUGUCUACAGGUUUCUAACUCAGGUAAAUUUACUGUAAGAAAAAAUUGUUUAAUAUUACUACUAUUGUCCUACAAGAUGAUCCUCAUGCUGUCUGGUUGUUCAGCUCUAAAUGAUUGUUUUAUAUAGUCUUAUCUCAUGAUUCACCUUAUCUCAUCAGUGUUGACCUUGACUCAUGUUUGACCUCUUAAUCCUACGACGACCUUACACACAUUGUAUUGUCUUUUACCAUGGCUAUUUUAUUUGUUGUUGUAUAUGUCCGGCUGCUAAAUCACCUCUUCUUUCUGAAGCCUGUGCUCUUUGCUGUGCUAUUUGCUGUGGACUUCAGUGCCAUUAGUCUAACAUUAACCACAAGUUGCUUUGUGAUUUUCAACUUAUUGUGAUGUAAUGAAUUGAUUUUUAACAAGGCAACGAAGAUAUUUUGUUUAGUGCAGAUGGGCAGAAAUGUCAGAGUACUGGUUCCCAGUGAAGCAGGAGUCAACACAUGUAAUUUUACACUAAUUAAUGUCAGGUGGAGCCAACAGCUUCACUGGUUAAUUUAGCUUUUUUUUAAUUCUAUAUUUGGUAGGGAUUGAUUGACCGAAGCGGGGGAUAUUUAGGUUUAUAUUAAGACCUGUGUUUUCCAUUUAAACCAGUGUAAUUCCUGUAGCUGUGGUAGAUUUCUGGAAGCUCAAAGCCGACCUUGGUCGCGAUAGUUUUCGGUUGUCUUGUCGAAAGAUAACACAACAAUUCGGGACUGAACGAUCUCCUUCUCUCUAGAAAACAAAUCGAGCUCAGUUCGACCAUCAUCAUAUUCCAGAGAUUUCAGCCACAUGCCAUGGCCUUCAUCAGCAGAUUGUAGAACCCAGUUAGUCGACCUUAUGGCACGAUUCUUUUGUGAAUUUUAUUUCUCAAAUUCUAUGAAGUUGUGCAAAUAUUAAGAUUUUUAUCUUGAGUUAAAUGUGUCGUGGUCACAAUGAGGAAACAAGCCUGGAUAGACUGUAAAAGUAUCAGCCUGACAUAAGAGACGUGGCAAUGCAGCUCCAGGCUCCCAGGGGCCCCCGGGCAGGUUCACUGUCCGGUUUGUAGUAAUUUCAAGUCCAAAUAUGUUUGGGGAAUAUGCACCUUUUUAAAGCACAAUAGAAAGGUAAAGUCGUAGACCGAAGCUCUCAGUGCGGGUUUUACAGAUGUCGACCUCUGUAUUAGUCUGACUCUACUUCCCAGUGUGAUGACAGCAAAUGAAAUGUGACGAGUCUCGGCUCUCCUGUCUUCACACACGACGACAGCUCAGUGUAGGAGAGUCCGGCUGUGUGUUUUUUUUUAAGAUGGAGAUACUUUUUAUUUUAUCGUCCUUAAAGCUUAGCAGACGCCUCGGAGCCGCUGUCUGGUCUUAAGGUUUUCUGUGCAGGUUUACUGACUCCACCCUCUUGCUCUCCACACUAACAAUGGAGCUGCUUUAAAAAUGUAAUGCUAAAUCUCACUGCCAAAGUACGCCACAAACACUUUGAUUUUAACCAGUAAAUAUGCACAGGCCUCUUCAGCUUGUAAUAUAUGAAUAUAAUGAACAAUAUGAAAACUCUCAUGUUUAGUAAAUGAACUUGAUUAGAUGUAUUAUGAUUUUAAUCUGAAGCUAAAGAGACUGCGAACUAUUAGAAUAUAUUUUCUCUAUCGUUGUUUCUUUUUAAUAAACUAGAUCAUUUCUUUGAAAUAAUCAAUGUGAAAGUUUAGGAGUCUUAAGGGACAUUUACACGAAUUAUAGGAGAAUUGAUUAUUUUUAUUUUUUUUAUUUUAUUUUAUUUUUUUUUUAUCACUGCCUUAUUUUCUGUUCAUGUCUCCAUGUUGUCUCUGUGUUUGAAAUAUUGAUUAUUGAUCAUUCUGGCAGCUUUGUGAAUCUCCUCUCUGUGUUUCUAGCCUGUUGUUUUAUGGCUAAUUAACAAAAAGCAUAUCAUGCAUUUGCAAACAGGGCAUUGUUGAUUUGAAUUGGUUUGAUUGUUAACUGAGUCACAAUGAUGCAACUUUUGACUUAAACUCCCUUCAGUCAGUGUAAAAAUCCACCGAUGUUUCUGAGGCAGAUACACUGAAUGUUCACAACAUUUACAAGCAGCUAAAUUUCACUCUUUUGAAAUAGAAGCUGAGCUGAUUUUUCCUUUUUUUUAAAGGACCAGAAAACGGUUUUUACAUGAUGAUCGCCCUUAUGACCUAUCAUUCCUUCUUUACAUUACAGCCAAUCAGCUGACGUCUUUCAGACAGCCACUGGUUUCCAUUUCACAUUAUGUCACUCUUUACUGGUUUACGGGCAUUUUUAAGCGCAGACUUAUUUGAAAAUUUCUCAAAUAGCAAACCUGAAUACACAUUUGGAAACAUAAGAAAGAUGAAAGCAGACGGGAUGCUCAGUAUGGAGCCAGCAGUUGGCCUCUGGAGUAAUUAUAGGCUUUUACAGUGUUAUACUUAUGUACUAAUGAACUUUAGAACGUUCGAUUAAAAAAGAUAAAGAUAGAGUUCUAACAUUUACAUUUAAAUGGUGCAAUAUAAAACUCAAAGAAAAACGUAAUUCAAAGAUUUACCUGCCUUUAAAUAACGUUAUAAUUAUUGGAAUUUAAAAGGAAAUUGCAACAUGAAUUUUAAAUUAGAUUAUGUUAUUCCAUAUAACCUUUAUUUUAUACCACUCGAAAUGAAAUGAAACCCAUUGAGCAGCAAGGAGAGCUCUCAUAUUGGGCGGGGGUCAUUGCAGAUAUCUGACCAAUCAGGGGUCCUGCUGCCGCUCAGUGGGUUUACAUAAUGUCCUUUCUUGGCAGCACAUGCAUCUGUUAAAUGCAGUGCUGACAUGGAGACAAAUGCAUUGUGGGAUGGAAUGUGGUAAUUCCAAUUAAUAGUUGAACUUAAGGUUUCAACACUUUCAGUCUUCAAAUACAUAAUCAAAUCAAAUUAAACACUGUAAAGCUCUGUAAUUAUUCCAGUGCACAGUCUUGGUUCAGUGUGAUAAUACCUCUAAAGUACCUUUAAGUCUGCACGUUGAUUUUCAAACCACAGUGAAAUGGAGACAAAUGGCUGCCAAGAAGGUAGAAGACAAAAUACAGUACUUAAAUAAAGUAUAUGCAGUUUGUGGUAAAUGGGUUAAAACAUGCAGAAAUACUAAUAUAGUCAUUUAGACCUUCAUUCACAUAAAUGCUGACCACUCUUAAAUUUAAUAUUUGAAGCCAAGUAAAACAAGAGUUGUGCAGAAUGUGGAUGCUGCAUGUUUGGAAGUUAGGGCUGAUGUUUCCGUACGGUCAGUGAAGAGUCUGGAUCUGGACCUGGAGAAUACCGAUCACCUCUACUGCCUCAGAAAUUCUGCAGUGUAAUCUCUGGUUGCACCUUUAGCCAUACUGGAAAUAAAUACCAGGAGUCAUGUUGUAGAAAAUCUACUGCUCAUCUGAGUGUAGCGUCUCAGUCAGGAGACAUUAAACCUGCUCUUCUGACUUCUCACCACUGAUGAUGAGGAUGUGAAAUGUCAGACUGAUGAUGACAGUGAUUGGAUGCCAGUGACCCUGUGUUUGUUCUGGCUCAGCGUCGCUCUUCGUAUAGGCUCUCCUCAUUUGUUUACAUUUCAGUUGCUCUCCUCGUGACGAGGAGACGCCGGUCUGAGGCCAGAACAUCAUUUCUACUCUUUAACUCCAGGACCUGAACAGGGUGUCGUGUCCAGGCUGAAACUUUUCUUUGGUUUUUGAUUCGUCUCUCAUGCACGGCCAGUGCAGCCGAUGAAACAGCCAGUUUAUGACGUAUGUUUUACACAUUUCUCUCUCCUGUGAACGAAGUACCUAACCAGUCACGCUCCAUUAAAGGACCAUAAAGCUGGUGUGACACGCUAACUACAAAUGAUGCGUACUGUACAUUACUGCCAGCUGUAUUCAAAGCACGCUGCGCAUCCUUCGCUGUAAAAGCUCAUAAUCGAUUAAAUUCAAUCAACUCUCUUAAAUAUAUAUCAUUAUCGAUGUAAUUGGAUAUAUUGGCAAUAUCAGAUUACUUUCAGUUAACUUGUGUAGUUACCAUAUUCAUACUGAAAAGUAAUGCAUUCAAAACAAAUAUAGAUAUUAUAGAUAAAUAUCUAUAAUCUUAUUAAUUCAGAAAAAAUUGAUUUUUUUAAAGAAAACUUAUUUUGUUUUUUUUUUCUCAUUUUGUUUCUGUACAUUCAGAACUUAAAAUGAGUUCAGUCAUGUAAAUUGAUAUGAGUUGACUAAUUUGUGGAUUUUAUUUGUUUUAAAAUUCUCCAUAAAGUCUAUUUUUUUUAUCAUUUGAAGAAGGAUGGAUGGAUGGAUGGAUGGAUGGAUGGAUGGAUGGAAGUUACAUGAUUAUUUGUGUUUCCAUAUGUCUGUCAUGAGAGAUCAGUGAUAACAUAAAUACAACAUGAAAUCAAGUCCAAUCACAAGCUGCAUAUUCCAAGUAAACUGAGAGCAAACUGAAAAUUCAAAUCUGUGUAAAACGGUAAACUAUUGUAAUUUGGAGGAAGUUAACGGAAGUUGAGAAAACUCAAAACGGAGACAUUAAGUUGAAUCGCCUUGUCUUAUAAUUAUCUUAAAACUUAAUGAACUUUUUGCUUUGAAAUAUCAACUUUACCUUCACUUUUUCAUUUUUACCUUGUAUGUUUAUAGAUUUAUAUCUUUACUUUAUUUGAAAAUCAUCUUGGAACUUGCUGUAGAUUAAAAAAAUAUAUAUAUUUAUAUAUAUAUGUACAAUGUAAAUUAUGUUUUUCAAAACAUUGAUAUGAUGAUUUUAUCACUAUCGCUAUUAAAACUCCAAGAAGAAGAGAUGCAAAGAGCCACGACUGUAGAUGCUGCAGGAAGUUUCAACACAGUGAAACGAUGUGAAAUCGGUUUAACAUCAAGAUAAACGUCAUCGGAUGCUUUGAAACAUGGAGAGCAGUAAUGUAAAAUCAAUAGCCCUACUGUACAUGGGCUGAAAUAUGCAAAACCAGCUGUGUGGUUCCUUAAUGGGCUCCAGGAAGAAAAAAGUAAUGGGACACUAGUGUUCUCUCAGCCAAUCAGAAUCAUUUGCUUUGCGACUGAAACCAUUUGGCAUCCCUCUCUGUUUUCACUUAGUGAUGCUGCAUUUAUGUCGUAUGGGUUGAACCAGCUGAUUGGUUCAGACUGUGAAUCAUAUCUUUCACUACAUUUAUCACAGAUGUUUACUAAGCUAAGCUGCAAUCUCAAAACAUCUGUACAGUCUUUCCCUCUGGACACAAAUGCAGCAUUAAGGAAAGAAACGUGUCUCUGGUCCUGAUUGGCCGUGAUCUCUGGUCCUGAUUGGCCGUGACCUCUGGUCCUGAUUGGCCGUGACCUCUGGUCCUGAUUGGCUGUGUGACGUCCUUCAGCCUUUUUCUUCCAGGUGAUGACUUUUGAUCCACUAAAGUGUCUUCAUGCGACGCCUGAUGGAAACUUUCAGGUGUUUGUUCACAGUUAGCGCUGCGGACUGCGGAGCGUCAUUGGCGCGGUGUAAAAGGUUAACAGUGUAAAUGCUUGUGGCGUGCUGCUGCUGCUGCUGCUGCUGCUGCACUGUCGUCAUGAAAACAAAACCUGUUGCUGGAUAGAAGGUGCGGGUGAGAGCCGGUCAGAGGCCGAACCUGCUCCGCUCCGCUGAACCCUGUCGUGGAAACUCAGCUCUUAAAACUCCUCAAUGUGGAUUUUGAGAGUGUUUGAAUUUUGAUGUACUGGAUUUAAUACAUGUUAUAAAAAAAAUGAGCCUGAAACAGAACAGAACAUGUCAUCAGUGUACAUAGGGAGAGGAACUCAAAACAGUUAAAGUCCCUCUACAACUACAAACCUGAUAAUCAUUAUUUUUUCAACAAUAAAAAUAUUAAUCAAACGGUUUUGGUCCUUUUGUGUUUCAUUUGAGAAGUCCUCACUAACUGUCACCUGCUUUCUGCUAAACUAGUCUGCAAAUAGCAAGAAUACUGACAUUAAAUAUUAAAGAGGCUUGUUGCUAGAGACUCACUAACGUGUCAGCACCACACCAGUGUCUUUCUGUGAGUCAUCUCUCCUGUUCUCUGCCUCCAGACACUAAGGUGCCUUUGUUUGCCAGAACAAUGCUGCACGUUGCAAGGAAAUGAUUUCCAUGUGGAUUUUUUUUAACAACUUAUUAUUCAACCUAACUUUUAAUAAAUGUCCUGUUAAUAUGAUUAUUGUAUAUCGCAGCAAACACCAAGCCAAAUAUCUUGUAAGUAAAAACCUUCCUGGCAAUAAACCUUAUUCUCUGA